UUUUGCACACAGGUUUGCAGGAAAACUUCAUAAAACAGGUGGUUUUUGAGCACAGGGUCUACAUGUAUACAGUUCCCUGAAAAGCUCUAAGUCCAGCUGUGGUAGUCUGGCAGUGCACAUAGUUGGGGCCUGAUAGUGAAAUUCACAAUGUUUGUCUCUCUUUUCUUGAAUAAGAAAAGAGAGACUUUUUUAAGAACACAUGUAUACCUGCACGUUCAUGUAGCCAGUCAUGUGGCAGCAAUGCAUAACAUUAUUCAGAUACAGCUCAAGAGCUUCAGAAUGGGGGAAAAUGUGACCUUAGGGACUUUAAAGUAGAUUCUGUGAAAAUAUGCAAAAGAGAUUAAUAUAAUUUAAUGAAUUUAUAAUGGAUUUAUACAGAAUUUAUAAUGGAUAUAAUCUUUGAUUAUUUACAUUAUCCUAAGCUAUUUCUUUGCUUUGUGAAUUUAAGAAACGUUGCCUGACAUCAGGGGUCAUUUACAGAGUUCAGUUAAGUGUGUAGUGAGGAUUUAAUAUAGUGAUUGCAGACGUCAGAUAUAACUACAGACUUCAACUUUUUCUUUAUAGGAGAGAGCCAAAAAUAUUGGAAUUUUACAAAUGGUAAUAGAUUUGUAUAUUCUCUGCAGGCUGAGGUUUUUUGACAAGGCUAAAAUUAGUUCAAUUGUUCAUUUCAGGCACAUGGGGAAAAUAGCAUGUGCACUACGGCAAAGCAGAACAUCCGCUCACCUGUCAUUAACACAACCAGAAACAAAUCAAUCGAGACCAUAAAGACCAUAGAAGUAUUUGGACAAGCAGGUGAUGGUAAGAUAUGAAAUAUUACCUUUCAUCAGAGCAAAAUGACUUAUAAACCAACCGAUCUUAAUGUUCAAAGAGUACACACAAGGCUAAUUGCAUGCGUUGUGUGUAAUUGAAAGGACCUCCAGCAAAGAGCCCUGGGAAACCAAAACUUCUUCCCAGAACGCCCAGAAUGGAUCCGAUUGGUCUUCCCCCAUUCAGAGCACUGAUGCGCAGGGAAAAGUUAAGCAAAACAUCCGGCAAUCCUCAGGUACUACAGAGGUAAAGAGUAAGUCUCUUGAGGCUACAAUUGAGGUAGAACCUCAAUUAAGAACCACGAUUACUGAUGCUGUCCUGGAUUGCAUAACCUCUACAUCAUUCAAGAAUCAGCUCACUCAGCGCAUUGUGGGUGAGAUUGAUGAUAUACUAGCAAAAGCCGUGUCCCAAGUUCAUGAGCAACAGCAUGCCUUGAGAUUCGGUACAGCAGGAGGUAAGAUAAACAACAUCUCCCGGGAACAACAAUCGAGCAACAAUGUUUUCAUGCUUGGCUUCAGUGAUUCUGUGGCAUCUGUGAUUGGUUAUGCACUGAUAGAAGUUAGAGAAGACGUGAAAAAAACUUUUAGUAGCCAGUCACACAAAUUUCAGACAGCCUCACCAACGGCAUGUGAUUCUGUAACAGAAAUAGUGGACAGUGUCUUUGAAGGCAUGCUUGAUUCCUUGAUUCCUCAACUGAAACCAGAUGUUUGCACUGAAAGGGAUCCUAGCAUGAUUGCUUCUCUUCAUAGUCAUGAGUUUGAUACCGUGUCUGAUAGUAUCCUUCCCAGCACUGACUCAGAUUUCAACCAGAGUCCAGUCCAUGAGCCAAGAGGAAGUGCUGAUGAGUCUAGCGUCACAGCUCGGGACAUUGAGACAUUCGACAUUGUGAAAGAGAGAGUUGACUCCCCAAGAAGAUCUACCAAAGUCCCGUUCUCCACAGUAUUUGACCAGUCUUCUGGACCUGAAGUUAAGGCCAAAGAUGAGGUUGAGGGCAUCUUGGCUGCUUCUGGAAGCAUGAGCCACCUUGAUGGCCCUCUGACUUCAAGAGUCAAAUCUGACUCUGAUUUGGAUACAAGCGUUCUUGAGCUCACUGCUACUUCUGCAACAGAAAAUGUUGACCACAUGUCAAGAUCUGAUGAAGUAGCAGAAGAAGGACUUGUUGCUAAAUCAGAUGUUGAGCUUGAGCAAAUCAUGGCUGCUCCUUCUGAGGAAAACACUCCUUCUGACAUUACUUCCCAAAGCCUUCAGCUGAUUGGACACCAGGAAUGUGCUAGCCCUAUCCCUUCAUCACCUUCUAGUGAUAAGCCAGCCUCCCCAAGAGGAUUGUCAUGGGAAAUAAUCUUUCCAGCCUAACAAAAAACUUAAAACCUUAUGUAGCAAUGUGGCUCGAUUCGUACCAACUACGACCCCAAGAAAACAGGGAAAAUAACCCAAAUAAAGACACACAAAUACGUUCCACUUAGAACAGGCAAGAGGCAUGGGUUUCCAUACAAAAAUAAAUUUUAUUUUGAAGUUUAAAAGACUGGCCAAGAAUUAUUUUUUAAAAAGCAACCAACACAGUCAGGCAUUGGUCAAUAAAACAGUCACAAGAAGAAAUUAACAAUCAUAGGAGGACUGAGGCUUGCUGUAUGAAGGGCAGGCUAUUAAGACAGCACCAGCUAUACAAAAGGGUAAAGAACCCCACCAAUCAUUAUCAUACCCACCAAAUUCACUGCAAAU